GUUAACAGUUUUGGGGUACUCAGUCUCCUGCAUGCAGCAUCCUGAGCCACAGGCUAAAUACAACCAAGCGUUAUUUCUCCGACGAUUUACCGAAACUGCUUGCCGGGCUCUCUUACACACCCACGGAUAAGUAGGAGUCCGUAUAAUAUAGAUAUGCAUAUGCUGUUCUAUCAUUACUUGUAUUAACUUCCCCUCACUUGCACCAAUUGCUCGGCUGUGUUACGUGCACCUCGAGUCUUUGCAUAACCCAUUUUCUCAACACUCGACCAGAAUCAGCGAUGUCACAAAACCAAUACAACGUUGACAGUCCUUUGACCUUUAUUUAUAAAGAGGUCGACGGAAUCCGUGUCCUGCUCGACGUCUAUCUUCCACCAGACGGUGCCGACCAGCAAUUCGCCCAGCAGGUGACUCAGUAUCACCCAGCAGUCGUCUACUUCCACGGAGGGGGUCUAACCGUAGGAAAUAGACGGAGCUGGUUUCCUACUUGGCUGAAAAGCCGGUUGCACGCACGCGGUAUCAUAUUCAUCAGUGCAGAUUAUCGUCUCAUUCCUCCAGGGACUGGAUACGAUGUGCUCGCCGAUGUGAAAGACGCCAUCGCCUUUGUCGCGGGAGAUUUGAAUAUUCAGCUCGACCAGGAGCUGGCUGAUCUUGGCUCUGGUUCGCGUUUCCGCAUCGAUCCCAUGUCAAUCGGUGUGGCUGGAACUAGUGCGGGCGGGUUCUGUGCGUAUCUAUGCGCUAUUUAUGCAGUCCCGAAACCGAAAGUGGUUCUCAGUUUAUAUGGUAUGGGGGGCGAUUUUCUGACAGACCAAUAUCUCGCUCCCAAGACGCAAGCUUUCCUCCGGGGGAGAGAAAUGCUAGAUCCCGCACAGUUCUCUGAAUAUAUACAUCCGUUCAACAAUCUCCAAAGCACUUCAGACUCACCACUCCUAUACCAUCCACAGUCGUAUCACAUCCCGGGAUAUCCUGCGAACUCGCGAAUGCUAGUCUCACGCUUAUACCUGCAACUUGGGAUUGCCUUAGAUUAUAUUACAGGCCAACACGAACCGAGUCUUAGUGUUGCGUUACACGAGGCUAUUCAUACUGGGGAUCCCUUCGACGAGGCACUCAUUUCUGAUCACAAGAUUAUUUUCCCUCAGUUCAAUGUCACAUCGGAUUGGCCGGCAACAUAUCUCAUCCAUGGAACCAAUGAUACGGCUGUUCUCCUGCGGGAGUCUCGUAAUUUGCAUUCCUUGCUCUUGAAGGCUGGCGUAGAAGUCAUAUUGGAAGAACUACCAGGUCGAGAACAUUCGUUCGAUUAUCAACCGGGCGCAGAGCUGGAAAACGAAAGAUCACUCGAUGAUAUCGUCCAGUUUCUUUAUCGCCACCUAACUUAGAAGCAGUACCUAAUUUGAUGAAUGAUUCGGACUGACUAGUGCUGACUGUUAGUCUUGGCAGUUAGAUAGAUAACAGACACAACACAGUACCGAGUACAGUUUCUGCAUACUAGGUUUCCUCAAAUGUGCUCAUCAUCGUAUAUGUACUGCAGUUAUUGAGACGUUUCUCCAACGUCUUACAGUCAUGGUUUAGACUUUUCCCCGUCACCAAACUAGAUGUAGAGAAAUACAAAGCACUCUGUUCGAUGUC